AGCGCUGGGGGUUGGGCGGAGGUAGCCGUGUAUAAAUAGUGAGAUCUCAAAUUGAAGGCAUAAAUAACAGCAGGAGGGACCUGCCCUCACACGGACCGUCCUCUCCGCGCGGGGAGGCGUGCGGACCGCAGCCCCGCUCCCAGCCAGUCCCGCCUGAGCCCCGCGGACCCCAGCAGCCCCGGGCAGCCAUGGAGGAGCUCACGGCUUUUGUAUCCAAAUCUUUUGACCAGAAAAACAAGGAGAGCGGCGGCGGCGGCUGCGGCGGCGGCGGCGGCGGCAAGAAGGAUUCGAUCACGUACAGGGAAGUUUUGGAGAGCGGACUGGCGCGCUCCCGGGAGCUGGGGAGCUCGGAAUCCAGCCUUCAGGAUAUUACGGAGGGCAGCGGCCACUGUCCGGUACAUUUGUUUAAGGACCACGUGGACAACGAGAAGGACAAACUGAAGGAGUUCGGCACCGGGAGGGCCUCGGAAGGUAUUUACGACUGCAAGGACAAGCGCGAGGACGUGAAGUCGGAGGACGAGGACGGGCAGACCAAGCUGAAGCAGCGGCGCAGCCGCACCAACUUCACGCUGGAGCAGCUGAACGAGCUGGAGCGCCUGUUCGACGAGACGCACUACCCAGACGCCUUCAUGCGCGAGGAGCUCAGCCAGCGCCUGGGGCUCUCGGAGGCACGCGUGCAGGUUUGGUUCCAGAACCGGAGAGCGAAAUGCCGCAAACAAGAAAACCAGAUGCAUAAAGGCGUGAUCUUGGGCACUGCCAGCCACCUGGACGCGUGUAGGGUGGCGCCGUACGUGAACAUGGGCGCCCUGCGGAUGCCUUUCCAACAGGUCCAGGCGCAGCUGCAGCUGGAAGGCGUGGCCCACGCACACCCGCACCUGCACCCGCACCUGGCGGCGCACGCGCCCUACCUGAUGUUCCCGCCGCCGCCCUUCGGGCUGCCGAUCGCGUCGCUGGCGGAGUCAGCUUCGGCCGCCGCCGUCGUGGCCGCGGCCGCCAAGAGCAACAGCAAAAACUCCAGCAUCGCCGACCUGCGGCUGAAGGCGCGCAAGCACGCCGAGGCCUUGGGGCUCUGA